AUGGCGGAUCUGGGCAAGAAGUACUGCGUGAACUGCCUGGCGGACGUUACGAACCUGCGGCUGCGCUGCACCGACUGCCCGGACAUCGAGCUGUGUCCCGAGUGUUUCUCCGCCGGCGCGGAAAUCGGUAAUCACCGGAGAUGGCACGGUUAUCAGCAAGUGGACGGCGGCCGUUUCACUCUCUGGGGUCCCGAGGCUGAGGGAGGAUGGACCAGCAGGGAAGAGCAAUCGCUGCUCGAUGCCAUCGAACAGUAUGGAUUCGGCAACUGGGAGGACAUGGCAGCCCACGUGGGUGCCUCUCGCACGCCUCAGGAGGUGAUGGAGCAUUACGUGACUAUGUACAUCCACGGGAACCUGGGGAAGGCGUGUAUCCCCGAGCUGAUCCCGAACCGCGUGACGGAUCACACGUGCCCGGGCGGAGCGCCUCUCUCCCCGAGCCUCACUGCGCCGCCUCCGCCGCUGGAGCUCACGCCGGCUGAACAGCAGCAGCUCGGCUACAUGCCGCUUCGCGACGACUACGAGGUGGAGUACGAGCAGGAGGCGGAGUUGCUUGUCAGCGGCUUGUCUGUAAACUACGAUGACGAGGACGUGGAACUCGAGAUGAAGCGCGCUCACGUCGACAUGUACGUCCGAAAGCUGCGCGAGCGACAGCGCCGGAAAGACGUUGCCCGUGACUACAACCUCGUAAACGCCUUUCUUGGUCGCGAAAAGAAAGACAAAGGGAGCGGAGGUGCUGGUGCUGGUUUGGCCCCGCCCAUUGUGGGUUCGACAUCAUCGGGUUCUGGGAAGCGCAAAAUCACGAAGGAGGAGCGUGAGCAGCGGACAAAGUUACGCGCGCUCUGUCAGUUUAUGGCAUACAGAGAAUUCGAGGACUUUUUUGACAACAUGCACAAGGAGCGCGUCCUACGUGCCAAAGUGCGUGAACUCCAGCGCUACCGGCGCAACGGCAUCACGCGCCUCGACGAGUCAGCCGAGUACGAGGCGGCGCGGCACAAGCGCGAGAAACGGAAAGAGAACAAGAGCUCCAAGAGAGGCAGUGGAGGCGGCGGUGGUGGUGGAGCUGGGAUCGGAAUCGGAGGCGGAGCUAACUCAGGAAGUGGAGGCAAUUCAGGGGGCGGAGCCAGCACCAUCAAAGAGGAAGGAAAAGACGGUGAAUUCUCAGCCAUCGAGCAUUUAACGGGCUUCGAGCUGCUUUCCGAUCGCGAGAAGGUGCUGUGCAACUCGCUGAACUUGAGUCCGACUCGAUAUUUGACGGUCAAAACUAUCAUAAUUAAGGAUCAUUUGCAGAAACGGCAAGGCGUCCCCGGCAAGAGCCGCUUACCGGGCUACCUGGACAAAAUGCUGAAAAGACGCAUCCUGAACUUCCUCACAGAGAGCGGCUGGAUAUCGCGAGACGCCGCGUAACAUCCCCGCGCUUCUUUUCUAGUGUUUUCUAAGAACACGGGACGGUGAAUCUCAAUCCCCGGUUCUGUUCGUAGGAAUGUAAAUGUGGCGAAAGCAAAACCCUUGACUACCAUUUUGAUAAAAGGUUUCAAAGGAAUAAAUCUGUAUAUACAUAUGUAUAUUUUUGCUAAUGAGAAAUCUUUUCUUUUUUUUGGUGAGGGGGGAAGUGUGUGUGUGUGUGUGUGUGUGUGUGUGUGUGUGUGUGUUACUGUGUGUUCUGUUAAUACUGCAUCUAAAAAAACCUUUCAGAAUCCUCUGAAGAUGUGAGAUGUUCUGAGAAUAGCCAUAACCUCAUAGCGACCUUCUUAUAUCUUGCCUUCCUCCUGAUGACGUGUCUGACGACGUGACGAGAGCAGAUCUUAAGUUUUUUGUUUUUAGUUUGGCAUUAAAGACUUUUCCCUUGUGACUCUGGAAUCCUCGUACAAUCCUCAAUGUAAUUGCUCUAGAAUCAUCAGUUCUGGAAACUGGAAACGUCUGUGUGGCUCUAGACUCGUCCACGAUGGUUCGAGAACCGUCACCGCGAUGAUGAAAUCAUUGGCGCGGCUUUGGAAUUGUGUCUGGUUCUAGAGUUUUCUCAGAAUGACGAUGGUUCUGGAAUCUCUGUUGUUGUAGUUUGAGAAAGCUGAGAGUGAUGAUAGUCUCCUUUCCAAGGGUUUAGAAUCUUCACUGUGGUUCCAGAAUCUUCAGAGUUAAUAAAAGUACUUAGAAGAAGAAGCCCAAUUCCAGUGUAAUUCCAGAAUCUUCACUGUGGUUCUAGAAUCCGCAGAGUAACGAUGGCUCUAGAAUCUUCACUUUGCUUUGAGAAAUCUGAGAGUGAUGAUAAUCUUCACUGUGGUUCAAGAAUUCUCUGUGGUGUAACAGACCCCCGGCAGGGUUCUAGAAUAUUUGCUGUGGUUCUAGAAUCCUCAGUCUACUGGUUGUGGUUCUAGGAUAUUUUCUGUAGUUCUAGAAUCCUCAGCAAUAGUCUGCGAUCUAGAAUCCUUAGAUUCUAGAAUGCUCAGCGAUUAUGAUAGCCUCCCUGUCAUGGUUCUAGAGUCUUCUCUAUGGUUCUAGAAUCAUCUGAGCUAUGAUAGUACUUCCGGUGCAAUUCCAGAAUCUUCACUGUGGUUCCAGAAUCAUCUGAGCAGUGAUAUUAUAUCCAGCGCAAUUCCAGAAUCUUCACUGUGGUUCCAGAAUCAUCUGAGCGAUGAUAGUACUUUCGGCGCAAUUCCAGAAUCUUCACUUUGGUUCCAGAAUCCUUAGAGUGAUGAUGGUUCUUGUGUCUUUGCUGUGGUUCUAGAAUAAGUAGUGUGGUUUUCAAAUCUUCAGGCUCGUUCUUUAAUGCACAGCAUAGUUCUAGAAUCUUCAGCGUGGAUUCUAGAGCCAACAGUUUCACUCUAGAACCCCCCAAAAAAAUGUUCUCUUUGUCUGGAAACAUGUCUUUUUGUGUUCAGUUGUUGCAUUUCUUAUUUUUCUUUUUUUUUUUCUUUUUUUUUUUUUUUGUUAAAAUUUGGUUCUUUUGGUUCAUUUAGAUUCGUUAGAAUGAUUUUACUGAUUUUACUGAUUUUGCUGCACAGGUUUUGUGUUCAUUCAUAACGUUGACAGCCAAACAGAAGCUUCGUGAUAUUCCAGACAUGCGAUACGUUAUCGUAGACAGUUUCAUUCGGAAAGAGGCUGCGCUGGAUAGCCGACGUUUUUGGACUUUGAUCCAUUCGAAAGACCAAAUGCAGACUCUUGUCUUCUGAGGUUCCUAAUUUGGGACUAGCAACGAAACAGCAGUGUGUGUGUCCUCCUCUAGGAGGACAAUCCCAUAAUCCUGUUCACCAGGCAACGAGAGUGAAACUGUCAGGUGUAGCUUAUUUUUUUCUCUAUAACAAAAUUUCGCAAACCGUGAUAAACGAUUGGCCAAUGCCUAGACGCUAACAAGGCUAGUGGUUGGUUCUAUGGAUCACGUUCUCCCUGAGUUCCUUCUUUAACAGUGACUUGAAACCUGUGUUUAACACAGAAUGAGAUUCUUUGGAUCUUAAUCUAGUGAUGUUCUGUUCACGACAUCAAAUUGCUCAUGAAGUGGUUAGUGGUUCUAGAUUCAGUUUCAGAGUGGGUAUAGUCUCCCGAACAUGGUUCAACAAUCUUCACUGUGGUUCUACAGAGUAAUUCUAGAUCCUUCACCGUGGUUCUACAGAGUAAUUCUAGAUCCUUCACCGUGGUUCUACAGAGUAAUUCUAGAUCCUUCACUGUGGUUCUACAAUCUUCAGAGUGACGCUAGUCUCCCCAGAGUAAUUCUAGAUCCUUCACUGUGGUUCUACAGAGUAAUUCUAGAUCCUUCACCAUGGUUCUACAGAGUAAUUCUAGAUCCUUCACCAUGGUUCUACAAUCUUCAGAGCGACGCUAGUCUCCCCAGAGUAAUUCUAGAUCCUUCGCCAUGGUUCUACAGAGUAAUUCUAGAUCCUUCGCCAUGGUUCUACAGAGUAAUUCUAGAUCCUUCACCGUGGUUCUACAGAGUAAUUCUAGAUCCUUCACUGUGGUUCUACAAUUUUCAGAGCGACGCUAGUCUCCCCAGAGUAAUUCUAGAUCCUUCACUGUGGUUCUACAGUCCUCAACAUUAUGUUAGUCUCAGUUCUAGAGUCAUCACUGUAAUUCUAGAAUCCUCAGACUGAUUAUGGUCCUCCCAGCAUGACUCAACAAUCUUAACUGUGGUUCUAGAGUCCUCAGGAUGGUGAUAGUCUCCCUGGUGAUGUUCUGAGAUGACAUGAUGGAAAAAAAGUGGUCUAGAGACUUCUAAAAUCUUCAGUGAGUGAGGAUAGUCCCCCCUCCAUAAUGUGCUUCUUGAAUCUUUGAUUCAGUUCUAGGAUUCUCAGAGUGUUAUUACUCUCACCAGCAUGGUUCUAGAAUCUUCCCUGUGGUUCUAGAAUCUUCCCUGUGGAUCUAGAAUCCUGAGAGUGAUGAAAGUCUCUCCAGUGUGAUGCACUCUGAAUAUUGAUCCUCAGAGUGGAUAGUCUUUCCCAAUGAGGUUCUAGAAUCCUCACUGUGGUUCUACAGUCCUCAACAUUAUGUUAGUCUCAGUUCUAGAGUCAACACUGUGAUUCUAGAAUUCUCAGAGCUGUGAAACUCUUUCUAGUGUGAUGCUCUCUGAAUAUUCUAGAACCACAGCAAAGGUUCUCAGAGUGAUCGUCUUUCCCUGUGCGGUUCUAGAAUCUUCCUAGAAGUCCACAGAGAGAUUAUAGUCUCUCUGGUGUGAUUCUAGGUUUCUUCUUCUUUGUCUUCUUCUUCUUCUUGUUCGUUCUUUUACUUUGACUCUAAGAUUCUCACUUUGUCUUUUCUUUACAAGCCCUAACCUGGCGCUACAGUCUACAGUGAAUGUAGUUGACGCAGGAGUGUUGAUUUUAAGUGAUGAUUGGGUAAAGACACUAAAUAUAAUUCUUCGCUCAGGUACAGUGACGUGAUUGGCCAAUACAUCAUUCAUUGUGAUAACUGCCGUAACUCUUUAUCAUGGUUUGCGAUAUUAUCGUAGUAUUGUGUUUACAGAAUGACUGUUUAAUUCUGCACACUAUUCUGUCCAAGGUAAGGACUUUCAGAAGACAUCAUGGCGCUUAAUUAGUGAUCAUUCUUCUCAAAUGGAACGUGAGGAUGUCCAUGAUAACAGCAUUAUCGUAAAUUUAACGAAUAUCACAAAACACAUCACAGAACCAAUAAUCAACGCGUUUAGAUACGAGAAAAAGUUACAACUGAUUUGGUUUGUUUUAUGUUUUAUGCAGCUUUGAAGCAUUUUGUUACAGCACAGAGAUGUUUUUAUUUCUGUUCAUCGCUGAGUCGCUUCUUUUUCUUUCAUGUUUCUGUCACUUUUUAAUUUUUACCCCUCUGCUGGAGAGCUUUUUGUGCGGCUCUUCAGAGCCGUGACUCGCUCUCUGUCCCAUUUAAAUGUAAAUGACUCCGUGUGAAGGCUGACUCGAGGACUGAAUACGAACGAGGGAAGAAGUGCACAAAUGUCUUUCUCUUUCUAUCUUUUUUUUUUUUUUUUCUCUCCAAGCUUUCUUUUCAGUCGCCUCUUGACCUCUUUUUAUCCCCCAAACAUUUUCACGUAGCCAUUUUGGUGUCAAGUUGACCACAAAGACUCGGAAUUCACUCUGACUUUUGAUCAAGAAAAUACCAAAUAAUCUAAUCUAAUCUCAGAUUAUCCUUCCAUCCUUUCCUCUCACAUUUCCUCCAUUUUCUUCUUACAAUUACUAAAGAUUAAAUAACUAUUUUUUUGAAGAAACGUUUUCCAUAAAAGUUCGUCCAAAGCAAACCCAAACAAAUGUCUUGACUUGAGCAACACUGAAUUUAGGAUUUUUUUUUUUUCCUUCUUAAAUUGAAUAUUCAUAUUUUAGAGCUCAAUCAGUGUACCCUAUUUUAGAAAAUGUAAAUAUUUUGUUUUGUAAAAUAAUAUGUGUAGAAAAUGGGGCUGAAAAAUGAGAAAAAACGAUCUGUGAAGUGUAAAGUAUUUUAUUUCUGAAGCAUUUUUUUAUAAUUUUUGUAUUAAAAAUAAAAAAAAAUAUUGAAUGAAUAUUUUCUUUUUCUGUGGCACCGUUAUACUGGUUCUGGCAUGCCAUUGUUAAGUUGUUAAAUCGCUCUUUGGUACAGCGUCGUUUUGUUUGUAAUAGUGUUGGUUAUGUUGGAAGGGUUACAGAAGGUGUGAAAUAUUUUGUAUUAAAGUGUUCAUACUAA